AUGAAAUUUCAUCAAGAUCGUGAUUCUGUUUCGGUUGUGUCUGAUCAUUGGUCUUUGUUUUCGGGUUUUACCGCGUCGGAUGGGGUUUCACGAGGGAAUCAAAUUGGCGUUUUAAGGGUUUCGAAUGAUGAUGAGAAAGGGAAUUUUGAUUUUUACGAGUUGAACCAACAAGAUUGGGAUUCAGCUGAGUCUGUGUUGAGUUUGGAGUAUCCAUUAACUCGUGCUUCUUCUUUGAAAGCUGAGGAUUCUGAUCCUAAACAUGUUCCUGUUUUAGAAAAUAGUGCAUAUAAGGUGUUUGAUAAAAUACCUCUAUAUGUUUCCAAUCUGAGACCCGUUGGAAGAAAUUUUCCUUUAGGAAACUUGUUAUAG